AAGAACUUGAUCUUGACCACGUCGCAGUUCGUGGGAGGGAAAAAAAUCACAAGAGACUUUAACAGCUUGGCAGUAUCUCUUCAUUACCGACUUGCUGUAAAUUAUAGCCUAGUGAUCGUCUGCCACAAACCCAAAACACAACUUUUGGAGGGUGCCGGUUGCACUUCGGAUUUGAACUUUCACUGAGCAAGCCUCCUCCUAUUCCAGGGGUGUGUGUGCGCGCUGUGCGCACCAAAAAGAAGUCCCGCAAUGCGCUGCCUUCUGCCGGUCACCGUGUAUUGCAUCAGCCUCUUCACCCUCCAGCAGCUGCUCGCUUUGCCACUCGCCAACCGGCCUCAGCGCAGUUUGGAUAUCCUCCUGGGCAGACCUUCACAGCAGCUGGAAGGGACCAAGGUCCGGGAGGAGGAUGCUCCAUCUUCCUCCUCCUCUGCUCCUUCCUCCGAUGGCGUCCAUGAUGCUGACUCUGUCCAUCCCACACUGAGCCCUGCUUCUCUCUGGAGGGUGCUCCUGGUCAAAGGUGCGCCUCUCACCGAAACCGGGGUAGUCGCGGUCACCGACAACUUACCGUCCCCCAUCGCUGACACCGACAUCAUGGAGCCCAAGCGGAGGGGUCGUCGUCAAGUCAACGGGGGGUCGCGGGGUCACCACCCACACCUCCACGGCCACCCACAGCUGAUGCGGGUCGGGUGCGUUCUGGGCACGUGCCAGGUGCAAAACCUCAGCCACCGCCUCUACCAGCUGAAUGGCCAGAUGGGCCGAGACGACUCGUCACCCAUCAACCCCCGCAGCCCGCACAGCUACGGAUGAGUUGCCAUGGUUACCCUACCGGCAACACAAGCGACAAUGCUCGCUAGCCUACCUUCGACACUUGCUUACUAUAAGACCAUGACAUCCAAACUCUCUUUGAUAAUUCUUUAUCUAUAGUUGGCGUUGUUGCUUUUUUGUUUGUUUUUGUUUUGUUUUGUUUUGUUUUUUGCUUUAAUCUAUUUCGUAUUGCAUUUAAAAGCCUUUCGCCUUAGAGGCUGAUGUAGUCCACAGUUUAAUCCCCCCAUCCCCCAAAGCAAAGCCCCCAUCAGUUUCUCUGUGGGGUCUCCACUGCCUUUAGGAUGGCUGCUACGGUCUUACUUUCCAUCAAUGACCGAUAAGUGACUUGCCAAGACUAGACUCGACAUUAACAGCAUGAAUCAAUGCCCGCUAUUCAGCCACACACACACACACACCCCCAUACACACAUCAAAACAAACCCACCGACACUUCCCAGGCCACAGGGGUGCAUCUGAACUGCCACACUAAUCCUGUUAACAUGAGCCUAAAGGCUUCUUAACCUCCCUGCAUCACCCCCUGUGCUGGACUGAACCUUGUGAUGCUGCUGAUGGGCCAUCGUCCCAUCCAGAGGCCUCCCGUGGCCUCAGAUGCCUGUCGGUUUCCCCUUGACUGGUCCCAUGGAUGGCUCUUUCAUCUGGAGCCUGGCUGGAUUGGUGGAGUGAUGUUGUGGAGUGGAGGAGUGGAGUGGAGUGGAAGGAUGUGUUGGACUGGAGGGGUGGAGGUCUGUGGACGAGAGUCGUGGAAGGUUGAGGGUGUGGUAGAUAGGGGUAACAUAGGAUUCAAGGUUUUGGUUGUGGUGGAGAGAUGGAAGCUGGACUGGACUGGACUGGACUUGGUUACUGAAAUGCUCCCUGAACUCGUUCACCUCUCCCAGGCUGCUCAACACCUACUCGGCCUUGCACAGGAGCCUGUUCAGCAGCGGGCCACCCAGCGGGGCCACACAGCUCAUACACUCAUCCACUGGCCAAAAUCAUCCUUCCAUCUCUCCAUCCCUUCUUCCUUCCUAACUAAAAGAAAAGAUACACCAAGAGUGGACUGUGGCUUUAUAGUCAGCCAAUCAGCAUUUCUUUUCUUUUUUUUCAAUUUGGCAGUCAUUGCUACUGUACCAAGAGCAGAGUAUUCUCAGUGGUUUUAUUUAUUUUCAUGUUAUGAUAUUUUAUUUAUUUUAUUUAGCAGUCAGUGCUUUUGUCUUAAGAGCACAGUAUUCCAUGGGUUUGAUGAGUAUAUUCCACCAGCCCACCCACCCUAAAUGUGUGUAAUGUGCACUCACAUUUGUUGAUAAUGGGGACCUAAUUGUUAUCACACACACUCACAUUAGGUACAUUAUGGGGACUAAAAACCAGAGCCUCACAAUUCAUGACUUCAGUACAAGCAGUCAUUCAUAUGGAACUCACAAAUACACACACAC